CUAGGGCUUGCUGCUGAAAAGCCCGCUGGAUCCUCCACUGACCUGCUGUUCUUUCCUGCUUUCCUCUUUCGUUUUUUUUUUUUUUUCCACAUUUAGAUUAAAAACAAAGCUCUCACUCUCUCCUCCCUAUCCCGAACCUCCUCCUCCUCCUCCUUCUUCCUGCUGCAGCAGUCAAGGCUUUAGUGUGUCAGAGAGACAGGGUGAAGAGGAGGAAAAAUAAGAGAAGGGGACUAUUUGGUUCAGCUGAGUGUUUAUGUUUGUAUGUUUUCCCAUUGGACUGCUGGGUGAAAGGGCGCAAGGAUAAGCCACAAGAAGAGUGGGAAGAGGAGGAGAAGUAUAAGAGAGGAGCUUGCAUGGACUGAAUUCUCUCUCUCAUGUCAGUACGUGUGGACCUGGACUGAUCACAAGAAAAAAGGGGGACAGACACUGUAAGGCAGACGAGGAGGAAAGAGGAGGAGAAACUGUGACUUGGGUUUCACUAGGGAAAGGCGAAGGAGGAAGAAGGAGGCAAAGUCUGGUGCUCCGUUUUAUCAUGACCCUGUUGGAUGAACGAACCGACGGAGCGAGGGUUCUUCUGCUGAGUAUCAGUGGAAAUUUGCGUUAGAAGGACAGAGAGCAACAAGGACGAGAGAACCCAGCGAAGGAGCAGAGACAGUUCUCCCUGAGUGUUUGAGAGUCUGGGUUUGUGUGUGACUGUGUGUGGGUUGGUGUAACCAGGUGGAGGGCAGAGGACUGGAGGGCCAGGGGAGUAACCUGGCCAUCAAACGGACUGGAAGCCUCUCCUCUCCUGGGAUCAUGUACCCUCAGGGCAGGCAUCCGGUCCCCUUGCAGCCUGGCCAGUCUUUCAAGUUCACAGUCCUGGAAACUCUGGACAGAAUCAAGGAGGAAUUCCAGUUCCUCCAGGCUCAGUAUCACAGCCUGAAGCUGGAAUGUGAGAAGCUGGCCAGUGAGAAGACGGAGAUGCAGAGGCACUACAUCAUGUACUACGAAAUGUCCUACGGUCUCAACAUUGAGAUGCACAAACAGGCAGAAAUCGUCAAGCGUCUCAGUGCCAUCUGUGCUCAGAUCAUCCCUUUCCUCUCUCAGGAGCACCAGCAGCAGGUGGUCCAAGCAGUGGAGAGGGCGAAGCAAGUCACCAUGGCUGAACUAAACGCCAUUAUUGGGCAGCAGCAGCUCCAGCACCUGUCUCACCACGCCCCCGGCAUCCCUCUGACACCGCACCCAUCAGGCUUGUCCCUUGGUGCGGGGAGCUCUGGGCUUUUGGCUUUGACUGGAGCGCUGGGGGUCUCUGCCCACCUCGCUUCCAAAGACGAGCGAAACCAUCUUGAUCCAGAACACCUUAGAGAGGGAGCCCCCAGCAGGAGUAAGUCGGUGUCGUCAACAGACAGCCAGCCCACCGAGGAGCGCCAAGGACCCUCAGGAGGAUACUCUGCCUUGCAGGGAGGGGCUGAGGCCAAGAGGAGGCGCUGUGAUGAUAAAGAGCCUCUCCCUCCACACUCCUAUGACAGUGAUGGAGACAAAAGCGAAGACAAUCUUGUGGUCGACGUCUCCAAUGAGGAGCCCAACUCUCCCACCGGCAGCCCGCCUCACUCCCCCCAUGGGAACGGACUGGACCGGGCACCGACUCUGAGGAAAGAGCUGCCUGGUUCCUCGAGUGCAGGAGAGGCGCCUUCCACGCCAAACCCCCGCAGCCCCACCCCAGGGAAGGCCAAGGACCCUGCACAGAUGGAUAAGUCCCAGUCUCCACUGUCCAAGUCUGGCACGCCGUCCCCAUCCCAUCGUGAGGCUCUCACCCCGGGAUCAACAGGAGCGCCUGGAGCUCCAGGCCCCAGCACCUCCUGCCUUCGUCUGGUCAGCAAAGCUGCAGCAAGUGCAGACCCACUUGCUCUCCGCAGUCCCAUGUCUGUGCCCCCCGGUUCAUACCCGGCUCAUUUUGGCGUGGUGUCCCACGCAGGGCUGAACGGGGAGCUGGCCAGCCCGGGGGGAUUCGGAGGAGCUCUGACUCUCUCUCCACAGAUCAGCGCCGCAGCCAGCGCCUACUCCCGCAGCCCCAUGGUGGCGUAUGACUCUCGGUCUCACCUAAGAGCUCCCGGCCUGUCCUCCUCUCUCCCUGGUUCCUCUGGUGGAAAACCCGCCUACUCGUUCCACGUGAGCGCCGACGGCCAGAUGCAGCCGGUGCCGUUCCCCCCCGACGCCCUGCUGGGCCCGGGCAUCCCGCGUCAUGCCCGUCAGAUCCACACGCUGAGCCACGGGGAGGUGGUGUGCGCCGUCACAAUCAGCACCUCCACACGCCACGUCUACACCGGAGGCAAGGGCUGCGUCAAGGUGUGGGACAUCAGCCAGCCGGGAAGCAAGAGCCCCAUGGCCCAGCUGGACUGUCUGAACAGAGAUAACUACAUCCGUUCCUGUAAAAUCCUCCCCGACGGUCGGACCCUGAUCGUUGGAGGCGAGGCCAGCACGCUGUCCAUCUGGGAUCUGGCCACGCCGACUCCCCGCAUCAAGGCGGAGCUGACGUCGUCCGCCCCGGCCUGCUACGCCCUGGCCAUCUCCCCCGACAACAAGGUCUGCUUCUCCUGCUGCAGCGACGGCAACAUCGUCGUCUGGGACCUGCACAACCAGACGCUGGUCAGGCAGUUCCAGGGCCACACAGACGGAGCGAGCUGCAUCGACAUCUCCAACGAUGGCACCAAGCUCUGGACAGGAGGGCUGGACAACACGGUCCGCUGCUGGGACCUGAGAGAGGGCCGGCAGCUGCAGCAGCACGACUUCACCUCACAGAUCUUCUCCCUGGGUUACUGUCCGACAGGCGAGUGGCUGGCUGUGGGGAUGGAGAGCAGCAACGUGGAAGUGCUGCAUGUCUCCAAACCCGACAAGUACCAGCUGCACCUCCACGAGAGCUGCGUGCUCUCCCUCAAGUUCGCAUACUGCGGAAAGUGGUUUGUCAGCACAGGGAAAGACAAUCUGUUGAAUGCAUGGAGGACACCAUAUGGAGCGAGCAUUUUCCAGUCCAAGGAGUCCUCAUCUGUGCUGAGCUGCGACGUCUCCCCAGAUGACAAGUACAUAGUGACGGGCUCCGGGGACAAGAAGGCCACUGUGUACGAAGUGGUGUAUUAAAGAAUAAGCGGACACAGGAGACAACAGGAUGGACAGAGGUUUUUCUUUCUUUCUGUUUUUAUUUUUUUUUUGUUCUUUGUUACGCAUCAACUCCACUUGAUUCUCAACACCGUCAAACGUCGUCUUCAUCUUCUCGAAUCAUCAGCCCUAAAACGUCAUCACUGCCCUCUUGUUUUGCUGUAAUAUUAGCUGCUGUAGUUGUUCCCAAAUGUCCCCUCACCUUCCCCUUCCUCCACCCAGUCUAAGCUCAUUGAAUGAGGCAUGAUAGCGGAGAGAGAGAGAGAGAGAGAAUGAGAAACGGCAAGAUAAGGAAGACAAAGGGAAGAGGGCGGUGGAGGGUAAAGAUACAGUUGUGAGGAGAAAGAGAGGAAAAACGAGUAGAGAGAGCGAUAGUGCAGAAGGAA